ACAUAUGCAUAGGUUCACCUGGUGUUAAACAUAGACAUGAAUGCAUGUAUAGCUUCUGGAGAGCUCUGAUGUUCUCUUAGUUGCAGCGGACUUGUCCUAGGUCAUCUUAAACACCAGGUUCAGGCUACUCCGGAUGUUACGCUGAACGAGGAUAUAUAUUGAUCUGUGUGUUGACGCUCGUGCGGGAUGGAAGAAGAACUGCAAAUGUUGGAAAUAACGAGCCCUCGAGGCACAGGACACAGGAUGCCUGUUGACUUCACUACCUACCUAUUGUCGUCCAGUCCCCCAGCGUCCAGCCUGGAGCUGUUGACGUACGCCUUCCACCCAGACGACGGGCACUACGGCCACCCAAACGACAAACGCAUCGGCCACUCCGACGGGGAUCUGUACCACCAGUCAAGACUACAAAGUUUGAGUCAGAGACGAAACAAUGCUCCGCUUAAACCUAUUAUUAUCAAACCGGAAGCGAACAGCGAUAGCUCCGCACCAAAUUCCGGAAGUUCCACUCCGACGAGUCCGCGGUCUACCAGUCCACAUUCACCAGGAAGGUUAAAGAAGAAAGUGUCAUUCGCAGAUCACCAAGGAAAGGCAUUAGCUACAGUGAGAGUUAUGACAGAGGCAUCUGAUAUGCCUCCAAGGAUUCGUCCAGAACUUCUCGCUUCAGUGACGCAGGGGGCGUCAGCAGGAGUAACGGAACAGCCUCCUUUGAAACUUUGUUUUAACCAACCAGCGUCUGACUAUUUGGCGUUCAGAGACAGGUUGGAAGAAGAGUUUGUGUCUUUGGAAAAUGUGAUAUUAAGGGACUACCGCGUUGGGGGAACCGUGAAGGUGAAAAAUAUUUCCUUUAUGAAAAACGUUUUUGUUAGAGUUACAUUCGACUCGUGGGAGUCUUUCGAGGACACUCAAGCUUCGUACGUCGCCAGCCCAUCCGAUCAUAGUGUCUAUGACACGUUUUCGUUUGAGUUCAGUGUUCCUACAAACUUUGACAUGGGUAAAGUCAUAGAAUUCGCUGUGUGUUAUGAAGCGGAACACGCACAGCACUGGGACAACAACAGGGGAGAUAACUAUCAUAUUGUGUCGGCAGAUUACAAAAAAGUACAAGAACCCAAGUUCGUAUCUCACAGUAUCUGGCCUGAACAUAACUCGAACUGGCCAGAAUACGCUUGCUGGAAUCAUGUGGAUACAACUACCCCGUACUGGUGAAACGUUCCCCCUGAACGUACCAGAACGUUCAAUCCAGGCGCCCUAGCUGUGGCGCUUGAGCAUGGAGGCCGGGAGAGUCCAUUAUUCAGGCGCUGCUUGUGGAAUCUAGGACGAACAGCUGUCACAGACUCAGCUGAGAUCUCAUUGUGCAACGACUCUCGGCUAAAUUUGAAAUGGACUUCUCACAUGUCUACUUAAGUAGUAAAGUGCUUUGGAAUAUUUGCGUAACCAAAGAAAGGAAUUUUUCAUAACUCACUCGCGAGGCAGCUUUGCGAUGAAGGGUCACGUGACUUCUUGUGGAAGAAUCGUUCUAUGUGUAGUUUAGAAAAAUUCCAUCGAUUUCCAUGUGUACAUUUCCAUUGCUUUAGACAGCUAUAAGUCAUCUGUGAUAUUACCUUUUGAAUGACAGAGAGGUUUUAGUACUUUUAACACACUGGGAAAUACUUGAUGUAGCAGUGGGGAGUUGGCCUAAAGUUCAACAGUCUUGAGACCUGACCCAAUAAGCCACGCCUGCAUGUCAUCACCCCAAAUUCAUACGAAUCGGAUAUAUUUUCAUCAUUUGUUAUUUUUAGAUAUUUGGGUGUAUGUUUAUGUAAACCAGUGAUCAAGCUCAAGAAGCCUGUUUCAAAUAUCUGUGAUUGUCUGGAAUCUUUAUUACAAAGAGAACAAAUAUGUUGUAUUCCAAGAUGGCGGCUAUCCACUUGUUCUAAUUAACGUGACCAACAGACACACCAGUGGUAAAUAGUUGGGUAUAUUAGUAAAGACAAAUAAUUGUGAGGUCACUGGCGGGUGUUUGAAUGUUUGAAAGAAUAUCCAUGUUUGGGGAGAGUUCAAACCGGAACAACAGCCAGACAUGCGCAAAAUACUCUGCGGCAGUUGCGCCUCAUUUGUAACUUUCACCAAAUAUACCGACCAAGAAAAGUUAAGGGUCAUGAAGAUGUAUAGGGAUAUUCAGAGUUUUCACUGAAAAAAAAACAACCUUGAAAUAUUCAUGAUCCUUAACUCCUUUGUUUUGUAUAAUUACGAGUGAAAUACGAUGUUUCAUUGAUAGCAUGGAGAUAGUAAUGGACUCGCUGAGCUCAGAGAUCGCGGACGACGAACGUCCAUCUGAGUGGAGUUUGUGAUUGUAGUAUGUGUCUGUCAGUAUUAGAUUUGAAUCCAUGUCUCACCACAUCUACGGGUAAAAAACAUGCACUUUGUAAGGCAUUUGAUAGGAAGUUGGGAAGCCGCCAUUUUGUUAUUCGGGUUGUCUUUCUGACCGAAGUGAAGAGAUUACAGUAUUGAAGCUGUUUGUAUCUAUGUUAAUACUAUUUUAUACAAAAUGUUCAAUCCUGUUGUAUUUAAUUGUACAUAGAAUUUACCAUUUGUUGGACUGAGAUCUCCGUGCACAGGAUUGCCUGUGCCGUUUGUGAUGAUCUAGGAACCCCUCAGUUUCGAUGGUGCUUGAAUGCAAGAGGACGUCACGUGACAAGGACUGAUAGCGUGAUGGAACGUUAGUCUGGAGCGUGAAUGUUGUAUAAUUGUAUGUACACUGCGUAACGAUAUUAAACGUGUGGAAGUGUU